AUGGACUAUUAUGGAAUUUUGGAGGUCAAAAGGGAUGCAUCUACCGGUGAAAUUAAGAAAUCAUACAGAAGAUUAGCAUUAAAAUGGCAUCCUGACAAAAACCCUGACAACAGAGCGGAAGCUGAGGAGAUGUUCAAAAAAAUUGCAGAAGCUUACGAGGUUCUUUCUGAUCCAGAAAAGAGGAAUAGAUAUGACACGUAUGGAGCUGAGGGUGUUUCUGCUGACUUUUCUGAUUUUACAUCAGGUUUUCAUGGAUUUGAUCGCCAAUUUAGUAUGGGACAUGCUAGCCGUAUAUUCGAGGAAUUCUUUGGUACAAGCAAUAUUUUUGACAUAUUCUCAUCUUUUGGUGAAUUUCCUGGUUUCAAUGAACCAUCCAGAGGUAGUAGAGGGUUUUCUAGAUCUAGAGGAAGUAGACUGUCUCCUUUUGAUGACUUACAUUCACAAAUAUUUAGUAAUUUCGGUUUAUCAGGUUCAGGUUUCGGAAAUAUGCAGAGCUUCUCAUCUUCCUCGUUCAGCUCAGGAAUGGGAUUUCAAGGAGGGGUUUCAAAGUCUGUUUCUACUAGUACAAGCGUUAUAAACGGAAAAGUGAUCACAAGGACUAAAACUACUGAAAGGUUAGCAGAUGGAACGGUUAGAGAGACUGUUCAAGAGAUCGAGGAAGAUGGACGUGGAAAUAGGGUUAUCAGAAACUCUGAAAAUUCGUCAGGCUCUUCAAGAAAUAGAAUGCUUAGACAGGGACGAUCAGAAGAUCUUAGUGACAAUCUUCCCCUUUCUAUGGGAAGUCUUCAUAGGACACGUUCUCACCGACAAAACAGAAGCCAAAACCGUUAA